AUGGACAAAGAACUCUGGGAUGCUUUUAUUUUGAAAAAAGAUCACGAAGAAGCUGUUCGCUUACUACGUUUACAAGAUCCUAAUGUCCUUUACCAAAAUGAGCCUGACCUGCUUCAUCAUUCUAUAAGUAAUGGCUGGUUAGAUGUUACAAGAGAUCUUAUCAACAAUUAUCACUUUAAUCCACAUCAAUAUUAUCGUCGUGAACCCUGUCUUUUUACUGCUGCUGAAGGUAAUCACAUUGAUAUAGUUGAAUACCUUAUUAAAGAGUGUGGCUGUAAUCCAAUGAUGCCUGCUGCUGAGCAUGGCAACGUUCCUGUUCUUCAUGAAGUAGCUAGUCAAGGAUUACUUGAUGUUUUGAAGUGUAUAGUCAUGAACAUUGAUGGUCAUAUAAUGGAUAAACAAUAUCAGGAUAUUUAUGGUCAGAGUGUUCUGUAUCGUGCUGUUAAACACAUAGAUGUUCUAAAGUACCUCGUUAAUCGUCACUGUUGCGAUAUAACAAUUCGGGAUGAGUAUGGAAAAACACUUCUUCAUCAUGCUGUCGAACAUAUAGAUGUCGUUAAAUACCUCAUUAAAGACUGCAACUGCAAUGUGAUGGUGACUGAUAAAGAUGGACAAACACCUCUUCAUUAUGCUGCCAGUAAGAGCCUUGUUGAAGUUAUUGAAUACUUAUUGUCAACUGGUAAUUGUGAUCCUUUGGGUAGAGACAAAUCGGGGUACACACCAUUACAACUAGCUAAAGGGAGACAGAAUAGUGAUGCUGUCAUUGCUAUUUUCAAGAAGUUUGGCAACAUCAAAAUAUCUCAUCCAAUUGAUUCUUAUUCAGUCAUGUGGAUGAGGUAA